AUGAUUUCAACAAUCGGUACAACAACAAUUCAAACUACAGCACCAAACUCGUUAGUCAUGAAUCCUACGUCAAUGUUGAUAGAGAUGAAAAACUUUAUUCCUUCUUCAUAUACUUUUGAAACAGAAAUCCAGAAGAUAAAGCAAGAACUUUUAACAAGUAAUUUAGACUGUAGUGCGAAAGAUGAAACAAAUGAACAGUAUCUUUAUGACAUGCAGGAUAUUAUUGACCAUUUGCCUAAACUACCUGAAGUUCAGCAGUAA